AUGGAUUUGUUAGAUGGGAUAGAAGACUAUUCAGCUAGUCAAUUCAAGCCAACUCAAGUUAAUGCUAUGGCUACUACCCAACAAGACAAUGAAAACUCAGAUUCUGAUAAUACUUCUCAAACUCAACCAAACCAAUCAAUAUUAGGAUUUGAUUUUAAUAUCACAACAAUAUCUAAAGCACUCAAUUCGACUAAUGAUAACCAAGACAAGGGUGAUGAUGAUGGUAUGCCAAAUCUAAGUAUUUUAGAUAAAGUUAAGAAUAGAUUGUUAGGAGGCGGUGACGCGUCGGAUGAAGAUGAGAACACCAAUCCAGAUGAUGAAGUUCUGGAUAAGACCCAGAAGAUAGUUCAUCCAUCUACUGGCUCUGCAUUUCAAUUACUACCACAACUAGAAGUAGAUGAAACUGAAUUUUCCAAUAAUCUGUCAACACAGGUCAUACCAAAGAUGAAACCAACCCAAAAGAUUGAGACGUUUUAUGAUACAGAUAAAACCCAAGUCAUUCCUAAACUCAAUGAUGUGGAAAGUUGGUUCACCUCAAAAGAUCAAACUCAAGAGGAUGCAGAUAAUGUGAUAUCGUCAAAACCUUUAUCCAAAGAAGAACGAGAAGCUAAAAUUGCUAAAUUGGCCGAACAAAAACGUCGUGAAAGACUUGAAAAGGAAAGACAAGAAUUGGAACAAGAUUUAACUAAAGGUACCAUAACUGAUGAAGAAGAAGAAUUGAAUCAAGAAGCUAAUGAUACAGUUGUUUCGUCACAUAAUAAAAGUGAUGGCUUAUCUACCAAGGAGUUGGAAAAGGCUCAAGAGUUUUUGAAUAUUCAAAAAAGACAUGUAGAUAUUCGACCUGAAUUUCAAAAAAAAGUUGUCUUUACAAAAGAUAAAUUGUUAUCAGAGUUUUCAGAAGAAGAGGAUUGCGGUACCAACGAGAGAAAAACCACCAAAGAUAAACCACCUUCAUCGCCAACAGUUGAGGAAAUCUUGAAAUCGAGUCCAUUUACAUCUCCAGUGAAAGAUGACCAUAAUGACGACAAUGUUUUAGAUUUAUUUAAAAAACCAAGUGAAAAUACUAAGAAUCCAUUGGAAUUAUAUGCACAAAGAUUGAAAAAACAACUUUUCAGUUCACCACAAGGUCAAACUGAUACUGCAAAAAACAAUACUAAACAUUCUAAGAAAUUAAUCAAUUUAGAUUCUGAUUCUGAUAUUGAUCUUGCAUCUUCAUCUCCAACAAAGAAACCUCCAAUUGCCACGAGUACUAGUAUUAUUGGUUCUGGAUUAAAAUUUUCCAAUCGUGCUAAAGAAUUGGAUAAUAUUCCUGAACUCAGUAAAGAACAACGAUUAUUAAUAAAACAAAAAUUUUCGAAACGGAAAUUCCAGAAUUCCAAAAUCAAGACUAAUCAACUGAAAAAUCAUAAUGUUAGUCAUAAACAAGAUAAUGGGUUUAUGCAAAAAUUGCGUGAAAAACAUAUUAAUCAAUUGAAAUUGAAUAAAUUAAACAAUCCUGAUCAUUUAAUUAUGGAAGAAUUGGAAAAAGAUGAAGAAACAAUGACUUCAUUAUUGGAAAGAGAAAUGGAAAGGGUUAGAAAUAUUCGUAAACGAGAAAAACUACAAGAACGAGCCAAAUUAGCAUUAUUAGAAGGGAAAUUAGGGAUUAAAUCAAACAAUGAUUCCGAGAAAUAUGGUGAUGAAAUUCCUGAAAGUGAUGUAGCUGAUUCUGAAGUCCCUGAUAGUGAUUAUAAUAUGGAUAAUGAUGAUGAUGAUGAUGAUGACGAAGAUGACCUGGAGAAUGAAUCACCGAAAAGGGCUGAAAUUAAUCCUAGGAGUGAUGAUAGUUACAUGUUUGGUGGUGGCGACAACGCCGAUGGCAAUGGUGAAGAUGAAGGAGUAACUACUACUUUAUCCACACAACCUCAACCAGUUUUCGAUAAUACAUCUUUUGUUGAUAAAACCGAAGGACUUUUCCAAAAUUUACAACCAAGAACAUCAAAAGAAGAUUCAUUUAUAUCCACACAAGGUGAAGAAAGUCAAUUGCAAAUUAGACUUCCACUGUUCCGUGACCUUACACAAGUGCCAACACAAACUCAAGUUGAUCAAUUCACUCAAGUUGACGAACAAGCCACUCAAGCCGAUGAUGUGGCAACUCAAAAGAUUCUAGCUGCUACCCAAAAAAUAAUGGUUCCUACUCAAAAAAUCAAAAAUGAUACUCAGAUUAUUAACAAACCAAUGCUGCAACGUCCAGCCAAUAGUAGCACGAAGAGAGAUGAUGAUGACGUUGAUGAUGACGAUGAUGAUGAUAUAAUUACACCUGCAAAUGUUCGUCGUGGUCGUAAAAUGAUCCGGAAUAAUAAUAUGAUUAAAAUCGAAGAAGACGAUGAAGAAACUCCAUCAAAGAAUAACAAUGAUCAUAACCCAAAAGAAGAAGAAGAAGAAGAAAAUGAUUCUGAUGAUCCAGAAGAAAUACAACGUCGUAUUAAAGAAUAUGAAUUGAAAAUUCGUAAACGAGAAUUAAAAUUACGGAAACGUAGAAAAGAAAUGGAACGUAAAGGAAUGAAAAAUAUUGUUGAAGGAGAAGCAGAAGAAUCUGAAGAUGAAUGGAAAGGAUUAGGUGGUAUUGAUGAAGAAUUUUCCGACGUUGUUAAUUCUGAUGAUGAAAAAAUGAUUGAUAAUAAUUUUAAUAUUGAUUUAAAAAAUGAUGAAAUACGUUCAAAAUUCAUGGAAGAAUAUCAAAUUAAAGAUCAAAAAGAAUUAGAAAAAUUAUUAGAUGAUAUAAAGAAUCAUCGAUUAAUUAAACGAACUGGUAUAAAUUCAAAUGGAUUAGAUAUUGAAAUUAGUGAUGAAGAAGAUCAAUUAUUAGAAGCUUAUAGAAAACAAAAAUUUAUGGAACAACAACAACGAUUAUUACAAAAUAAAAAAUUAUUUGAAUUAUAUAAAAAUGAAAAAUCAAAAGCUUUUUUCAAUUCAAUUCAAGAUACCGUUGAAGUGAUAAAAAUUGACGACAGUGAUGAUAGUGAUAUUGAAGUCCAGACUAAUCCAUUCAAUAAGGGAGAAAAGAAAAAUUCUGGGUCAGAAACUGAUAAGGAUAACCAAGGUGAAGAAGACGAAGAAGAAGAAGACUCACUAGAUAAAGAAGCACCAAUUAAGAAAACCAUCAAAGUUGAUGAAGCAUUUAUUAGAAAGAAAUUAUCAUUUUUAUAUUCAACUACUGAUGAAGAUAAAUAUGAACGAUUACAAAGAAUUUCUCGUAUUCAACAUGGUAUUUCUGAUGGUGAAGAAGAUAUUGAUGAUAUAAAUGUUUUAAAAACAAAAUCUUUCAAUAAUUUAACUAAUAAUAGAUUGACUCCUCCAGUUUUAGAAUCAUCAUCACAACCAUCCAAAAAGAGGGGCCAUGAAAAUGACACUGAUGUUGAUGAAGAAGUAGAUGAAGAAUUUAUGCCAGUUUUCAAAAAACCAUCAAUUGUGAAAUCAUUUAAAUCAUUUCAAGAACAACAAGGUAUUAGUAUUAAAGAUGGUAAACAUCAUUUCUCUGGUGUCACAAUUAGUAAACAAUAUAAAGUUGUUGCUGGAUCUAAAGCUUCAAUUACUUAUAUGUCGAAAAAUAAUAAUCAUAAUAAAAAUCAAAUCAAAAAUAUCAAAGAAGAGAAAAUUCAAAAAAGUUUGCAUCUGUCAAGACGUGAAAAUAGUUCAUUUUUCGAUGAUUCAGGCUUUGAAUAG